CAGCACAAUGAAAAGUCUUCAUCAGCUGGUUUAAUUGGCAAUGACAACACUGCAUCUGUGCUGAAAUCACUACCAAAUUACAAAUAAGAGUGAUACACUUUAUGUGGAUGGAUUUUAUAUUGCAAGGAAUUGAUACAGGGCCCCAAACUUUUGCUGUCUAUAAAAUCAGCCACUAGCCAGUCUCUUUGAGAUGCAUAUCCUUGCAUAUCCUAUCUUAACUUCAUGCUUGAUUCUCUGCUGUAUUGGUUUGGUUUUUAACCUUUUAUGGUUGAUAAGCUGCUAAUACUGUUUCAAAUCAUCAGGAAAAUGUGAAGACAAAACAUCCUCAGUUACUUUACGAAUCAAAGUUAUACAGAAUUCUACAGGGAGGAAGUAAUGACUGUUUUUAUUAAUUUAUUAUUUUAGUGGGACAAUUGAUCUGUUAUGAGCUCUUUUGCUCAUAUAUUUGAUACUCUUUUCUGUUUAUAACACUUCUGAAAUAUUACAGCUGGAAUUUCGCAUGUGAGAUGGUUUGGAGUGGAGGGAGACUACAAUGUUCUAGUGAUGGAUUUGCUUAGACCCAGUGUUGAAGAUUUGUUCAAUUUUUGUAGUAGGAAACUUUCUUUAAAGACUAUUCUUAUGCUUGCAGAUCAAAUGAUCAAUCGAGUUGAGUCUGUCCAUUCUAAAUCCUUUUUACAUCGGGAUAUCAAGCCAGACAAUUUUCUUAUGGGCUUGGCAAGGCGUGUAACCCAGGUCGACAUCAUUGACUUUGGUCUGGCUAAAAAAUAUAGAGACACUACGACCCACCAACACAUUCCUUACAGGUGAGAUGAUUUUGAUUAGUUUAUUAUUUAAUGGACCCUAGUUGCCAUCUAUGCUCUCAUGAACACAUAAACACACUACACGUUAGCUCUGUUCUUUUUCAGAUACUCUUUAGUUUAUGUAGGGUCAACAAUUGAUAUACGAAUAAGUUUAGGAAUACAAAAACCGAU